CCGGCGGCGGCGGCGGCGGCGGCGGUGGCGGCGGCCGCGGCUGUGGCCGGGGGAAGUGAAUGGUUUUACCCAGAGGGCCGUGCGCCGCCUUUCUCCGCUGGCUCGGGCGCCGCUCCGCGCUCCUCCGCCCUGGCCAUGGCGUUCACGUUCGCGGCCUUCUGCUACAUGCUGGCGCUGCUGCUCACCGCCGCGCUCAUCUUCUUCGCCAUCUGGCACAUUAUAGCAUUUGAUGAGCUGAAGACUGAUUACAAGAAUCCUAUAGACCAGUGUAAUACCCUGAAUCCUACAGUUGAAAAGGUCAAAAAGAUUAAAAGAGUCAAAAUUGCAUUAAAGCUCGUACUGCCAGAGUACCUCAUCCAUGCUUUCUUCUGUGUCAUGUUUCUUUGUGCAGCAGAAUGGCUGACACUGGCUCUCAAUAUGCCCCUCUUGGCGUAUCACAUUUGGAGGUAUAUGAGUAGGCCAGUGAUGAGUGGCCCAGGACUCUAUGACCCAACAACCAUCAUGAAUGCAGAUAUUCUAGCAUAUUGUCAGAAAGAAGGAUGGUGCAAAUUAGCUUUUUACCUUCUAGCAUUUUUUUACUACCUAUACGGCAUGAUUUAUGUUUUGGUGAGCUCUUAGAACAACACACAGAAGAAUUGGUCCAGUUCAGUGCAUGCAAAAAGCCACCAAAUGGAGGGACUCUACCAGCGAGAUCCUGUUUCCAAGAAUAGCCUAUGGAAUCUGAUCAGUUACUUAAAAAAAAAAUGACUCCUUAUUUUUUAAAUGUUUCCACAUUUUUUGCCUGUGGAAAGACUGUUUUCAUAUGUUAUACUUGGGUAAAGAAUUUAAAUGGAAUUACGUAUAAAUUAAUAUAAAAUGAUUACCUCUAGUGUUGACAGGUUUGAACUUGCACUCCUUAAGGAACAGCCGAUAAUCCCCUGAAUGACUGCAUUAAUUAUUGACUGCCCUUAGUCCAUUGGAAGCUUUUGUUUAUAGGAACUGUUAGGGUUCAUUUUGGUUUUAUUGAAAUGCUAUCUAAUUAUAAAUUAGCAGUAGACACCAGGUGCUUCUGAUGAACUGAAAAUAUAUAUCUGACCUGUGGGAAACUUCAUAGGUUUCCUCAUCUAUCAUGUAGAUGAUUAUAUAUGGACACAUUUAUAAAAAUUAGAGGGGGAUUUUCCCCCCCUUUGACUUGAAUAUUACUCCUGUAUAUUGCAUGAAUGAGAGAGAUUUCUCAUAUUUCCAUCAGAGUAAUAUACUUGCUUCAGUUCUUAAGCAUAAAUGAAUAAGAUACAAAAAUACUUGCUGAAUUACUUGUAAAGAAUGCAUUUAAAGCUAUUUUAAAUGUGUUUUAAUUUGUAAGAUAAUUACUUAAAUUGGUUACUAUACUGUUAUACUGUUCUAACUGGUGGUAAAGGUAGUCUUAAGAAUUUGCAAGUACUUUAGAUUUUCAAAACUGAAUUAGAGAGAACAUUGUAUAACCAUCCUGCUGUUCCUUUAGUGCAAUACAAUAAAACUCUGAAAUUAAGACUUA